UGUUGAGAAAAGCUUUCGACAUGUUUGACCGGGACAAGAAAGGAGUCAUCCAUACCAACAUGGUGUCCACCAUUCUGAGGACUCUCGGUCAGACCUUUGAGGAAAAGGAUCUGAAAGACCUAAUUUCCGAAAUUGACCAGGAUGGCAGCGGGGAGUUGGAGUUCGAGGAGUUCGUGGCCCUAGCAGCCAAGUUUCUGGUUGAAGAAGACGCUGAAGCCAUGCAAGAGGAACUUCGAGAGGCUUUUAGAAUGUACGACAAGGAAAGCCAAGGAUACAUUAACGUAUCGGACCUCAGAGACAUCCUCAGGGCCUUGGAUGAUAAGCUCACCGAAGAUGAACUGGACGAAAUGAUUGCAGAAAUUGAUACUGAUGGCAGUGGGACUGUUGAUUUUGAUGAAUUUAUGGAAAUGAUGACAGGGGAGUAAACAACAGGAAUAGGCUUCGUCAGGUCGUGGCAUAAACCUUUUCUCUGAUGCCUGAUUUUCAGAAUAACCAAUUGUUACUGUGAACCACGAUGUUGAGAAAAUCUCUCACGCUAAGUAAAUUCGAAAGUCCUCUAAAUCUUUAAGCCAUGUAAUUAAUUUUAUAAAGAUAAACCUUCGAAGUACAUAUCACAUAGUUAUCCAUUCUGUAAAAGGAGAAAAAAGUGUAAUGCUAAAUAUCAUUGUAUCAAACUUAAUGCAAAAAAAAGACGUUUACAGAUUGCCUUUUUGUCAAAAAAUAUAUUUCUGUAAGUACGGUUCCGAUUUAUUUUACAAGACGCAUAAAAUGUCUUGGUUUUUCACGAAAAAAUGAAAUAAAUAUGAAAAUAGAAAUA